AUGUCAAACAUUACCUCAUCAAAUUUAAUAUUAGUAAGCAGUAGUUCUAAUGAUCAUCCAAACGAGAAUGAUGAUAUAGAACCGUAUCAUAUUAGUACAUUUCGUGUUAUACGAUCGAGUUCUGUACCACCAACACCACCAUCAAUUAAUAAAAUUCGUUCAUUAAGAAAAAAUGAUCAUCAUCAUUCAAUUAUGAUUUAUAAUCAUCAAAAACGUCAUCAUCGUGAAAAUUAUUUUCUAGUAUCCAAAUAUCGUCAUGGAAAAGAUGAAGCAUUAACAAAUAAAUUAUAUAAAUUAAAUAUGCAUACAAUGAGAAAAAAAUCGGCAAGAAUUAGUAUGCGAUUAUCAAGUGCAUUUGGUUUAACAUCGCAUACUAUUGACGAACAUUUUAAUUAUGAAGAAGCCAGAUUUCGUGCUAUUGACAAAUUUAUUCGUAUAUUUAUACGUAAUGCGUAUACGUGUAUGGAGUUUUUAAAGGAUGCGAUUGUUGCUCAAGUGGAUAUUGCUGAAGAUUUUGAAUUGUUACUUAACGACAAAGUACCUAAUUUAGUUCAACAAUUUGUGCAUGCAAAACGUUCAUUAUUAGAAAAUGCAUUUAUAGAAUUUUGUACAAAUAUUGAAAUGUGUGUGGCAAACCCAUUGAAUACCUUAAUUAAAUUAUUUAUCUUACCAACAAGUUUAAUUUCAAAAAGACAUGAUAAAUUGCUUGAUUAUGAUAGUGCACAAUCAUCAUAUGAAAAAAUAAAAGAUCAUCAAUCAAGACAAGCAAAACAAGUACUAGAUUUGGCUAAAAGGACAUAUGAAGCAUUAAAUUCUCAAUUAUUAGAAGAACUACCUAUAUUAUAUGAACAUUCUAGUCAAAUUGUAUGGACAUGUCUAAAAACAUUUAUUGGUGGACAUUUACGAUUGAUGCAACAUAUGCGUAUAGGUAUCAAUAUUUUACUAGCACAAACCACAUCUCCGACAGCAUCGCUAUCGUCAUCGAUGACAUCAGAACAAUUAAGUUGGCUACAAAUUGUUGAGCGCUUUAGAACAAGAAGUAAUGAAGCAGCUGAAGUGCUAUUUCAUUUGACAAGUACAGCGAGAAAUUUUUCGGAAAGAUUAAAAACUUUAUCUUCGUUUUAUAACAACACUAUUACCAUCAAUGUACCAAUGUUACCAACAUCAAGUAACACCUACAAUGGUGACAAGAACAUACCGGUUCAAAGUGAUGAAGCAAGACGCCGAGUUCGACCUCAUUAUUUAGAACGUGAUUUGUAUCGAGUUGUACAACGUCAUGUUGCUGCUUACACGAAUUCAAUGGAAUUAAAUGCGCAUAGCGGUGAUCUCGUGGGUAUUAUUAAACAAAACGAUCCAAAUCCUCGAAUUUCGUCGGUUCAUGAUGGACUCACACAUGAAUUUUUGCCAAAAAAGCUACUUGUUCCGAUUACAUCAUCUAACAAUUCCAGUUUAAUAUGCCAUACGCCGCUAAUACCUUUAUGUACCGAUCUUAUUUCAUCUUCAUCAGCAUCAUUACCAUUGACUAGUGAAUUAUCAAAAAACCAUUUUGUAAAUCCAGCGUUAAAUUUUAAUCAAGCAUCCCCAUUACAGAAUGCCAAUAAUAAAUUACAACGGUCAGAUACAGAACCAAUACAAAGUUUAAUCAAUUCGACGCUCGACUCAUUGCCGUCACCACGACAAGAGAGUAUUUAUUUAAACGAACCGAACGUCGUCGAUCAAUUGCCAGCAAUUUUUUAUGAGCAACAUCAAUAUGCAUCGAUCGAUUUCGAAGAUUCAUUUGAAUCGCCGCAGCCGCUAUCGUCGUCAUCAGACAAACAAAAUCCAUCGGAAUCAAAUGAAAAUCAAAAUAGUCAUACACAGAUUUAUGUUGCUUUGUAUGAUUUUCAAUAUGAAAGUAAGGGUGUCCUAUCAUUAAAUAUCGGCGAUCGUAUGCUAGUUUUAAGAACAGUAGAUGAUGGCGGAAAUAAAGAUUGGUGGUAUGUAGAAAUAUUAAAUGGGGAAAAACGACGUGGUUAUGUACCAGCAAAUUAUAUUCAACCGACUAUACUAUUAGUUACAUUUGUACUACUGAAAAUGAUUUAUGGAUUUCAUUACGUCCAUGAUGUGUUAUAUAUUGAUAAUACAACCGUAACUGAUAUAAUUCAACAUAUAUCCGAGAAAAUUCACGAUGGCACCGUUCCAACACCGUUUUUUCUUUACAGUAUGAAACAGUUUUAUUUGAAUGUAGGAAAAUUUCAAAAUGCAUUACUAGAACUUGCUCCAAUGCGUUCACAUUUAUCCUACUCCAUGAAAGCUAACUUCAAUCCAUUUUUAAUCAGAAAAUUAAUUGAACAGGAGAAAAGUAUUAUGUUAACAACUGUCAGUGGUUUUGAAGUACAACUUGCGUUGACUUUAGGAUUUCAGCCAUCAAACAUAAUAUUAAAUGGAAAUGGUAAAUGUGAUUGGGAGAUUCAGUUAGCUAUUAAAAACGGAAUAUUCAUUAACGUUGACAGCCUGUUUGAUUUAAAACAGAUUAUUCAAAUAGCUGAACGUCAAUUGUUGAUUAGUAUUGAGAAGCCUUAUAAACCCAUCCGUUUAUUGAUUCGUGUUAAUCCGUCCAUUGAUCCAAAGGUGCAUGCUUACAAUUCGACAGGUUUGAAAACCAGUAAAUUUGGUACGAGUUUGAAUCAACUCGAUCUAUUGUAUGAAACGAUUAAAGAUAACGAGAAUAUUGUUCAGCUAUUCGGUUUCCAUUGUCAUCUUGGAUCCACGAUUAGUGAUGUACAAGUUGUGGCUGAUUGUGUAACAGCUCUGAUUGAUGUUGUCGAAGAUGCACGCGUUCGAAAAGAAUUUAAAAACAUACGUUAUUUGAACAUCGGUGGUGGUUUGAAUAUAGACUAUUUGAAAUAUGCACAGCGAACAAGUAAAAACGAACUUCUACACACAACAACACCAACGCCUUCCGAAUAUAUUCGAUGCUUUAAAAGUUUAGCUACGAAAUUAACUGGCAUCGAAAUAAUUGUAGAACCGGGACGAUGGUUAGUGGCUAAUACAUGUAUACUGGUAACCAGUGUUCUCGGUUAUAAACAGGCACCAGAACGGAAAUAUAUUAUUGUGGAUGCAGCUAUGACAGAAUGUAUACGACCGGCGCUCUAUCAAGCCUAUCAUCACAUUGAUACUCUUCAACCACAACAAUAUGUGGAACAUGAUCGAGAUUUGUUCGAUGUUGUUGGACCGGUAUGUGAAAGCGGAGAUUUUCUUGGCAAAGAUCGAUAUCUGCCGAUUACGCUGAUUCGAGGACAGUAUCUAGGCAUAUUUGAUACAGGUGCAUAUUGUGCGACAAUGAGUUCAAAUUAUAACAUUAGACCACGUGUAGCUGAAUAUGCGUUAGAUACAGAUGAAUGUGUAAAACAGAUUCGUCGGCGAGAAAGCUUAGAUGAUAUACUAAAGACAUAUAAUUUAACGUAA